AUGUCAAGACUAAAUAAAAACUGGAACAGUUUGUACUCCUACAAUCAAGGAAUCGUCUAUCUACAUUUGAGAAACAAUGAUUUAUUGCAGUUACAAUUUGAAUUGAAUGGACUGUUUACCGAGGCAAACAAUUUGCAGAAUAACCAACAGGUGACAGCAUUACCUUCACCACCAGAGAACUCCACCUUGUUCAUCCUAAAUGAUGAGUUGUAUGGGCUUAAGAAUAGCGCAUCAAGUCUAGAAAGAGACGUUUGUGGAGAUGGAAGCUUUGAUAUCGUGAAAUACGACAGUGGCACCUGGAACGAUAACAUUGAGUUAAACUUUGACAAGGUGGCUGACUCAUCAUUUUACCAAUAUUCAACCGUAUUGACAAACAGUGACACUUCAGACUUAGUCUACAUAUAUGGUGGCUUAUGUGCAAACACCAAUGAAGCAACUAGUAGAUUGUUGUCGGUGAAUAUAACCUCCGGACAGGUCAAUAAUAUCACCACUUCUACCAAACCACAACCAUUCUACGGCGCUUCGAAUAUCCUUGCUCCAAAUCCCCAAUCGCAGUUGAUUAUUGGCGGAGAGCUGAAUGAUGGGUGGUUAAAUAUGUAUCAGCUAGCGACGUGGGACUUUAAUUCUGGAUGGUCGUUUAAGAAUGUUGGUGACGCGAAUAACGAUACCGUCAACUCGAGGACCUUUCCAUUGACACUUCCAUUGUUCAAGCCAAUUGCAAAUUCUGAGAACUUUUCCAACAAUUUUUACAUUGAUGAGAUGUUGAUGAUUGGUGGUGAAUUCGAUGGCGAGGAGAGUGCACCGAGGUAUGCCAAGUUACAAAUGAAUAGUAAUGACUGGACAUGGAAUACGACACAGCCAGAUAACUUCAACCUAGACGAAUUGUUAGGCGCUGCAACAUUAUUCUCGACAUUGGUAGUUAUCAAUUCAACCACUGAUUUAAAGGAUAAACGUAUGGUGAGUCAAGGGUACCAAAUCAAUCUAUAUGAUGUCAACACAUUUGAACCGGUGGAAAAUGUCAAGGAGAAUACCAAGCCGCUUGACACUACAAGCCAUACCAACUCAUCUACAAAGUCUAGCACUACAGAAAAGAUCGUUUUAGGAACGGUCCUACCGAUAUUUUUUGUGUCCUUGAUAACAGGAAUAAUUAUCUUUAUUUACAAACGCAAGAAAUCGAAAUCGCAACUGGUCAAUGCUGACUACAAUGAUUUUGACUACAAAUUUGACUACGUUGACCCCCCAGCUUCAUUUACCCACAGCAAUCACCAUCUAACUCUGUUGUUUCUACAUGACAAUGAUUCGAACUCGACAUUGAGUGGUGCUGCGUCAAUCGACUCGUGGAUUAAAAAGAGGCAAGACUUUGACAGAAGUCGAUUAAGGAAUAGUUACCUUGCUUCUAAUGAGACAUUGCAAACAGUUGAUGACGAAGUGAGUGAUACCAGUGACCAUCACCAAGAAGAACAGAUGUCAGAAGUCGGAAGUAUACGACCUAGCUUGGAUCCAAACAAUCCUGUCAUGCACAAGUCGGUGCGAAAAUUGCGAAAAUCAUUCAGCUUUUCACAAACUCCUCCGGUUAGCCCAGUAGUUAAUAAUGAAAAAGUCAAACUCAAAAGUUUGCGAUUGACAAAGACUGAACAUUUGACUGGCGACGAGUUGAUCGGAGCUGAGGUGAAAGGUGGCUAUGGUCCCAAGGAAGCGCAGCAGCCACUAAACGAGUGUGGCUCCGAUGUAAUUUCAAUUGAUGAUAAGAUGGAUGUCCAAGUUUUGGUUAGUAGCAAACGAAAAUCAAUAUUAAAGGUUAUGAAUCCAGAUGCCGAUAAUGAAAUGGAUAGCGAGGAUCCUUUCAACGACGGGUCGAUGUUGCAUCACGAAGAAGAAGCCCAUUUGAAUCGAGCAGGCCUGGAGCACAAGACCGAGGAACACACAGGCCUUAGACAACGGGUUCCAUCAGGAUCUAAAGAAUAG